UUUACUUUUUCUCUUUUUCUGCUCAACACGUGACUAGAUAGAUAUCUCUCGCUUUUGAACGUGAAAAGGUGCCGCUGUGUCUACCGUCAACAAUCACGAUGUAUAAAUAUCUAGAUAAGAUGCACGGCUCGGAAAAUAUCUAUCAAAUGUAGAGGCACGUAACACCGACUGUACCAUCGUGAGUAAGCGUAUAACAAGUUGGUCUACAACGUUGUUGGAGAACGUGUUCGGAGCCGCACGGAGCGCGAGGGGUGAACUAGGGGGAAAACAUGUCGGACAGUUCGGACGACGAGCUGAACUGCGGCGACGAUCAGGAGAAAACAACGUGGAUUUUGUACAAAGAUCGCGCAGAGUGGAGUGACGUGACUCCCUUACCCCAGGACGACGGUCCUCAUCCCAUUGUAUCAAUUGCAUACUCCGAGAAGUUUAAAGACGCCUACGAUUAUUUCCGUGCCAUGCUAAAGUCAGGUGAAAAGUCAGAACGUGGACUAGCUCUAACAGAAGCUUGCAUAUGGCUCAAUCCGGUCAAUUACACCGUAUGGCAAUACAGAAGGGAGAUACUUAAAGCCCUGGCGAAAGACUUACACGAGGAACUCAAGUAUACAGAUCGAAUGAUAAAAUACAAUUCUAAAAAUUAUCAAGUCUGGCAUCACAGGAAGAUCAUUGUCGAAUGGCUGCAAGAUCCUAACGAGGAAUUGUUGUUCAUAGAAACGGUUUUAUGUAAAGACGCCAAGAAUUAUCACGCUUGGCAGCAUCGUCAGUGGUGCAUACAAACCUUCAAGUUGUACGAUAAGGAAUUGGAGUAUGUGGAACAAUUGUUAAACGAUGAUGUCCAUAAUAAUUCUGCUUGGAAUCAGCGUUAUUUUGUAAUAAGCAAUACGACAAAAUUCGAGCAAGAAGUGAUAGACAAGGAAGUUGAUUUUGCGUUGGCGAAGAUCGAGUUAGAGAAAGGGAAUGAGAGCGCUUGGAACUACCUAAGAGGAAUAUUGUUAAAUCAUAGCAAAGGCUUAGGUUACAAUGAAAAAGUAAGGCAUAAAUGCGAAGAAAUGUAUAAGGGAGGAUGUCGCACUAAUCAUUUAUUGGCCUGUAUGAUCGACAUUUGCCAAGAGAGAUGUCAAUCUGACGAAUCCCCUUCGUCUUUGUAUGAUAUUAAUUUUGCGCACGAGCUGUGUAAACUUUUAUCGACAAAAUUUGAUACGAUAAGAUGGCGGUAUUGGGACUACAUAGCUAGCCAGCUAGCGGUAAAAUUGAAACCAGAUUACUCUUCAGAUUAACAGCUACAACAACCUUGUAGUGUGAAUUGUUAAAAAAAAUUUAGAUAAUCUUUUACGUAUCAAUCUUACGAUUGAUGUGCUUUGGCCUCUUGCCUACAAAUAUGUAUGUUGCAUAAUUGUCAACUUGAUCAAUUUGUACAAUUCCUUUGUGUAGAACAAGAGAAAUUGCAGAAUUUAUGAUUUAAAAAUAUAUGACUUAUAUAAUACAAUUUGUUAAUUAAAUUCCGGAAUUAUGUCAAGCGAAAUAUAUAGAGUUCAGCUAAAAUUAUUAUCUAUUACGCCAAUAUUGUUAGUUUAGAUAAAACUGUCUCCAUCAUGUAUUUUUUCAUGAUUUUGCUGUAUAAUAAUAUUAGAUAACUGGUAUAAAGUCCAGUUACCAAUCACUACAUAUGGAUAAACUAUAAAAGAUUAGGCUAAAGCUAAUGCGUCAAAAUAAGUAAUAAUAAUUGGUAACCAUAAGUAUAUCUUUUAUGAAAAACAAAUUAAUAAAUUGUAUGAAAUAUAUUGCAC